UGUAUCCAACAAAUUAAUCCGUUAGUACGAGAAAGAUACGUUUUUUUUAAGCCGUAUUAAUAUAAAACAAUAUUUUUUUAAUUACAUCAAUGGCGACCAUUAACACUCCCUCUGAUACGACAACAGCAACAGCUAACAUUCCUAAUUUAAAAAUCACUCUAUUGGGUCAUGAAGAUGUGGGAAAGACUACUCUUAUAAAAAGUUUUUUAAUAGAAGAAUUUUACGAUUCCAGUUAUGCCUCAGUUGUACCUGAUGGUUAUGCCCGUCUCAAAACUAUUGAUAAUAAAGAAUAUCGUUUGGUCUUGGUGGAUACACCGGGUGCGAUAGAUUGUGAAAGUAUGAGACGUUCGGCGUAUGCAAAUAGCGAUUGUUUGAUUUUGUGCUAUGCGAUUAAUAGUCCAGCGUCUUUUAAAAGUAUCAGAAAUUACUGGCUUACCGAAAUACGUACACAUUGUAAGGAAGUGCCUGUUAUUUUAGUGGCCACUAAGUUAGAUUUGCGCUCGAAUAUAAAAUGCCUUACUACCAAUCAAGGUAUUCGUUUAAAGGAAAAAAUUAAGGCGCUUUCAUUUAUUGAAUGUUCUUCCAAGGAUAUACACAGUUUAGAGUCUCUCAUUGUUGAAGCCGUAAGAGCCGCAGUGAGCCAACCUAUGGCAGAUAACAAAUCAUCUAAAACACAUAAACUAAAAUCAUUAUUUUUAGGGAAAAAGUAUUAAUAAAUAAAACAGGAAA